GUUGCAUUACUUUCACAACAGGUGACCCCCACCCCUCCGCCAAAAUCCGGCUAUUAGAUGUGACCACGAGGUUGAUAAGGCGAAGCCACCAUGUCUUAAACACAGACGGGCCCUCUGGAGCCCUAUCUCCCCACCCUGGCCAAUCUUCCUCCUCCCUCCUCCACCACCUUACCCCUUCCCCAAUCCCCAUCCCUUUCCCAGACUUCCGUGGACAUGUGAGGGACAGGUUACCUAACCCUGGCUCCCCACUGGCACAUCCCUCCCCUCCCUCCGGAGAAAUGACCCUGCAGAAGCACCAGCCGCUGAGAGGUGGUAGUGGUGGGGUGAUGGGUUCAGACCGGGACCUGAACUCCACUACUUCCUCCAUCUCCCUGUCCUCUGGGAAAAAGGCCCCCAAGAAGAGGCGCCUCUCUUUGGCGUCUCUUUUCAGACCGCGAGGAUGGGAGCCCAAAUCAGGGCGCCAAAGGUCCCGAGAGCUCCAGCAACCUGGACCUAGUAGCCUUGGAGGGGUCGGUGGCAUCGCCAGCAUCGAGAGCAUCCACUCUGAGAUGAGUAAUGACAAGAACUCCGCCUUCUUCUAUGUGGCUGGGACCGGAGCUGCCUCUGCCUCUGCUGCUGCUGCUACUACCACCUCAUCUGCCUCAGGGUCUUCUUCCUCUACCUCCUCCUCUUCCUCCUCCUCAAGGGGAGGGGUCGGUGUGGUAGCAGAGCUACUGGAGUGCCCGCUGUGCCUUCUGCGCCACUCAAGGGAGAACUUCCCUGACAUCAUGACCUGUCACCACCGGUCCUGCAUCGACUGCCUGCGCCAAUACCUGCGCAUUGAAAUCUCAGAGUCACGGGUCAACAUCAGCUGCCCAGAGUGCUCAGAGCGCUUCAACCCGCACGACAUCCGCAUGAUAUUGAGUGAUCGGGCACUCAUGGAGAAAUAUGAGGAGUUCAUGCUGAGGAGGUGGCUUGUGGCUGACCCAGACUGCCGCUGGUGCCCUGCACCGGACUGUGGAUAUGCAGUGAUAGCCUUCGGCUGUGCCAGCUGUCCUAAGAUCACGUGCGGCAGGAAGGGCUGUGGUACGGAGUUCUGUUACCACUGUAAGCAGCUGUGGCAUCCCAACCAAACCUGUGAUGCAGCACGGCAGCAGAGAGCGCAAAGCCUGCGCCUGAGGACCAUCCGCUCAUCCUCCCUCAGCUAUAGUCAAGAGAGCGGAGCUGCAGCUGAUGACAUCAAGCCAUGUCCGCGUUGUGCUGCUUACAUCAUCAAGAUGAAUGACGGAAGCUGUAACCACAUGACCUGCGCCGUCUGCGGCUGUGAGUUCUGUUGGCUCUGUAUGAAGGAAAUAUCAGACCUGCACUACCUGAGUCCAUCAGGCUGUACUUUCUGGGGAAAGAAGCCAUGGAGCAGGAAGAAGAAGAUCCUGUGGCAACUGGGAACACUUGUAGGGGCCCCUGUCGGUAUCGCACUCAUCGCCGGCAUAGCUAUUCCCGCUAUGAUUAUCGGCAUCCCUGUUUAUGUGGGAAGGAAGAUUCAUAACCGCUACGAAGGCAAAGAUAUUUCCAACCACAAGAGGAACCUGGUGAUCGCUGGUGGGGUGACGCUCUCCGUCAUUGUGUCACCAGUGGUAGCUGCAGUCACUGUCGGCAUCGGCGUUCCAAUCAUGCUUGCGUAUGUCUAUGGUGUGGUGCCCAUCUCUCUGUGCCGUAGCGGAGGUUGUGGCGUCUCAGCUGGGAAUGGCAAAGGAGUUCGCAUAGAGUUUGAUGAUGAAAAUGAUAUGAAUGUUGGCAGUGGGGCAGCUGCCACGGACACUACAUCCGUGGCAGACACACGGAACAACCCAAGUAUUGGUGAGGGCAGUGUUGGGGGGUUGACGGGCAGCCUGAGUGCCAGUGGCAGCCACAUGGACCGUUUGGGCGCCAUCAGGGACAACCUGAGUGAGACGGCCUCCACCAUGGCCUUGGCUGGAGCCAGCAUCACUGGCAGCCUCUCAGGCAGUGCCAUGGUCAACUACCUGAACAGGCUGGAGGUGCAGGCUGAUGUGCAGAAGGAACGCUGUAGUCUCAGUGGUGAAUCUGGCACUGUCAGCCUGGGUACAAUCAGUGACAAUGCUAGCACCAAAGCAAUGGCUGGAUCCAUUCUUAACGCCUACAUGCCCCUAGACAGAGAUGGGAACAGUAUGGAGGUCCAGGUUGACAUUGAAUCCAAACCUAGCAAACGAAGGCACCACAGCGGCAGCAGCAGUAUAGAUGACGGUAGCCAUGUUGGCCGCUGUGGCUGGACCUGCCCUUCUAAUGGCUGCACCUCCUCAGAAGUCAAAGGAACCUCUACAAAGUGGGCCAAAGAGGUCUCUUGCUGCUCCUCCACCAGCUGCGGGGGACAAAAGAGUAAGGGCAAGCUACGCAAGAAAGGCUGCGGAGGCACAAAGAUCAACGAGACGCGGGAGGACAUGGAUGCUCAGCUGCUGGAGCAGCGCAGCACCAACUCCUCCGAGUUUGAUUCCCCUUCACUGAGCGGCAGCCUGCCUUCGGUGGCUGACUCCCACUCUAGCCACUUCUCUGAGUUCAGUUGCUCCGAUCUUGAAAGCAUGAAGACGUCCUGUAGCCAUGGCUCCGGUGGAGGCGACUACAACAUGCGCUUUGCCACCGUCAGCCCCUUACCUGAGGUGGAGAAUGACCGUCUUGAAACCUGCCCCACUUCUUCAUCGUUCUCGUCCCAGGAACAAGGAGCUGUGAUCACAUCCCACUCCCCCACAUCCACCUCCUCUUCCCUGGGCCAGGGCACAGAGCUGUCGCCCCUCUGCUUCAUCACAGAAGAGAAUGUCAACAUGGUUUGUCAGGCUGAGCUGGACAGCAAAACUGGAGAGAAGCUUAAAGAAACCAACAACAACCACCACCGACCGCAACAAAUCCAGCAGCAGCCCAAGAGCUCCUGUAUACAGACUGAAAUCUAAAAUCUCAAUACCUUAAGUGCUGCACAGGUGCUGUUUUUAUUCAACAUCCUGUCCUCCAGUAAAGUAACAAUCAGCUUACACUUUAGCCUGCAUUUUCUGGUACUCCCUUGUACAGGGAACUUGUUAUUUUGGGGAUUUGUGUCCUUCAUGAAAAACGUAAAAUAGAACUCUGUGCCCACUGAGUGUUGAAAGGCUCGCUGGAAGUAUUAAACGGUUACCCAAGUGCAGCCAUGUGAAAAUUAUUAAGGUUUUUUAAUGCAGAUGCAACACCAUACAGUAAUCUUAAUGUUUCAGCUCUUGAGGUUGACAAUAACAGGGACCAGGCAAUGUGACUCACUAGUUCCUUUUUUUCUCUUUUUUUUUUUUUAAAAUGUAUAAGUCGCAGAGGAGCCUUUAGGCUCCUUUCUGAUAUUAUUGUUAGAAUUUCUUCCUCCCCAGGAUAUAUAACUAUAAUGACUGAGCUCAACAUUGGUGAACAGUUUAGCACUAAAACAGACCUGUAACACAUCCAAUGGUAUCUUUUAGAUGUAUGCACAGAUGGCGGUAUAGACCCUUUGUGGAAAAUGGUGCUUUGCAGCCUGGUAUCCACUGAGUUUGGACCUGUAGCCUGAAAACCCUUAUGUGCUUUUAGUGCUAAGGAGACUGGGAGCUCAGCCUUUGUUUAGUUCUGUGAAAAGCUUUUGAUGUUAGGUUUGGGGGAUGAGCGUUGAUUUGAGAGGUCUCUGGAAGGCCACAGUUGUCCAGAUUUUAACAUUAAGCAAUGGGUUGGUCAGUUCUUGAAAAUUAUACAAUGAUUUUUGUUACUUUUCAAAGGUGAUUUAUUCAAGCUGGUCUGCCUCACUGAGUAAGAGAGCGCUUCGAUAUCUUUCUUUGUAAACUCAUGGUGCCUCUAAGAAGUUGUUUGUGUCUCUCUCUCCACUGUGUCUUCAAGACUCCAAACAGCAACUUAUUGUAGGUUACAGAAUGUCUAUCUGUGUAGGGGUUAUGCAUUUACAGACAGACCAUACUGUGGUAGACAUGGUAGAUGAAAAAUGUUCAAUUGCCUACCAAAGACAGCACUCAGGCUCUUGUUAAAUCUCAUACCUUUGACUUGUCAGCUGUACACAGUGUGGUGCAUCCUUUUACACCAGGAGAUGAAUGAAGACAAGACCCAGGAUUAUAACGAAAUGCAGAACGCUGUUUCAAACACGCUUCACUAAUGCUACUCAAAUAACUGAGGCUGCACAACAGCCAAAGGCACCUGCACUGUUUACUAUAUUUCUUAUUACAUUGAUAUUCUGCAAUGCACAAGGUUGAUAGGGAUUCAUAGUUUUGUUUUGGGUAACCUUCUUCUACUGAUUUUCCCGUUGGCAAUCGGUGCUGCUGAGCAGACUUGAAGGCAAAAUCGGUUUUCAGCACUUUUCUCUCUUACAGAGUGUUUUGCUGAUGCCUGUCUUUACAGUUCAGUGGUUGGCUCUAUUGAGUUCACUGAGUUGGAUCAGGUGAACCUCUACCAGGUAGGGUAAAGCAUCCUGAAUGGUAAUUUGACCGUAGCCUGCUCCUGUAUGAGCCGUCAAUUUGGUUGGGUGGAUAAGGCUACAAUCUACAGUUCUCCCUGAUUCCAUACAAAAACAUCUGUUUAUCAUUCUUCACCAAAACAAAAACCUGUUCUUCAUUCUAAUUUGAACACAAGUGCCAGAUAUAAUUUGUUAUUUGUGCAGAAUGGCUUAAGGUAAUUGUAUAUAUGUUUGGUAAUUUGCUUUACUAUAUUCAUGUAAAUGCAUAUCAGAAAAAUAAAAAAAUAUGAUAUAUGA